AUGAGUGAGAGAAAAACAUUGCCCAAACAUACUCCGAAGUGCAAAUGGACAGAAGAAGAGGAUUUACUUCUUAUUAAGGCAGUAAACCAGUUGAAGGUUUUAAAAUGGAAUAAAAUAGCAGAAAUAGUUGGCACUAGAUCAGGGAAACAAUGUCGUGAAAGAUGGCUUACAAAAAUUGAUCCUGAUAUUAACUCAAAACCAUGGACUCCAGCUGAAGACGAAAAACUUAUUGUCCUUCAUGAAGAUUAUGGAAAUAAUUGGACAGCAAUAGCUAAACACUUUAAAGGAAAGACUUUUCUAAGUGUUAAAAACAGAUGGAGAUCUUUUAACAAUAAGACUUGUUUGAAAGGUCUAGAACCAACAUAUGCCAAAGAAAAAACAAGAAAUGAUCUUACUUUAGAUAUAUUCAACUUUUAUGACGCAGUAGAUGAAGCAGAUUUGUUCUAA